UAAAGAAAGCAAUGAACAUUUCUUCAAAUACUUCUUCUUUUAACAUGGUAUCACAGCUAAAAGCUCCUUGUUCUUCUUUUAUCAUUACUUGGUUACUGAGUUGGUUUUUCAAAUCUAUUCUGGAUUUGAAACUUUGUCGUUGGGUUCUCUUCUCUUGCAGAUUGGACUGUUUAUUCUCAAUUCUCAUGCCUUUUCUAAGAACUAUGACUCAUCCUACUGCUGCAAUGAUUGCCAAAGAGGCAAUAGACCAACCUAUUGUCAACCUUGAAUCUUUAAAACAGGUGAUAUUAAAUCUUCUUAAUGCCUCUACUACCUUAUCUGCUACUCUAGAUACAUUUGAUGAGCUCCAUGAUGCCUCUCCACAUGCUUCACCUGGUUCUACAGAAGAUGUUUUGCUUGUUGGUAAUGCAAUAGACAAUGCUGAGUCUUCUUCCCUUACCUUUUCUAUAUCACUUGUUGGAUCUAACUCUGUUGAUAUUGAGCCUGAAAAUGAGAUCCUUAAUCCACCUUUAAGUCAUCCUACUCGGAUCAAAACUUGGUCUGAUGGUUCCAUGGAGUGUUACAAGGCUCAUUUGGUUGCUAAAGGAUUUACUCAAGAAUAUGGGAUUGAUUAUGAGGAAACAUUUGCAACUGUUGCUCAUUUUACUUCAAUUCAUAGUUUGAUUGCUAUUGCUACUGCAAAAAGAUGGAAAUUGUUUCAUAUGGAUGUGAAAAAUGCGUUUCUAAAUGGUGAUCUUGCAAAGGAAGUUUACAUGAAACCACCUCCUGGACUUGAGCAUCCUCCAAACAAAGUUUGUUGAUUAAAGCGAGCUCUGUAUAGUUUGAAACAAGCACCUCGAGCCUAGUUUGCCAAGUUUAGUACCACCAUUAGUGAAUUUGGUUUUACUUCUAGUCCUUAUGAUACUACGCUGUUCAUAUGCAAGACUAAUCAUGGUAUGGUUCUACUACUUCUUUAUGUUGAUGACAUGAUCAUUACUAGAGAUGAUAUUUCAGGUAUUCAUGAUCUUAAGCAAUUUCUUAGUUAUAAGUUUAAGAUAAAAGGUUUUGGUGUUUUGAGCAUUUUCUUAAGACCUGAGGUCACCUCUUUUGAUGAUGGUUAUCUUUUCUCCCAAAUAAAAUAUGCUUCUGAUC